AUGCUCUCCUCUCCUCCCCUUCGCCUGCGCAUCGCUCGCGAUUCCUCUUCACUUGCCAAACCACUUCUCUCAACUUGUUCAUUUCCUUGUCGGUCUCGAUUCUGUGAUACCCCCCUGAUCCGACAACGCCACCUCAACCUCGGCCCUCACGCGACAAGAACACGCCAGAGACACCCAGCGGCGCGUCGCUUCUUCUCAUCGACCCCUCACCAUCGCCAGUCAAACAUUGUCAACAACAUCGCCGCAAUGUCCGAUCUCUCUGUUGAGCUGACGGCCCCCAACGGCGUCAAGUACACCCAGCCCACCGGCCUUUUCAUCAACAAUGAGUUUGUCAAAUCUGCCAAGGGCGAGCUCAUUGACUCGAUAGACCCUGCCACCGAAGAAAAGAUUGCAUCCGUCCAGGCUGCAGAGGUCCAAGACAUUGACAAGGCCGUCAAGGCCGCACACGCAGCGCUGAGACACGAGUCCUGGAAGGGCAUCUCGGCCACGGAUCGUGGCGCCCUCAUGUACAAGCUCGCCGAUCUGAUUGAGCAGCACAAGGAGACUCUUGCUACCAUCGAUGCAUGGGACAAUGGCAAGACGUACGCCGAUGCCCUCGAGAUUGACCUCUCCGAGUGCGUCACCGUCAUCCGCUACUACGCCGGCUGGGCCGACAAGACCUACGGCCAGACCAUCACCAGCAUCCCCCAAAAGUUCGCCUACACCCUUCGUCAGCCCAUUGGCGUCGUCGCCCAAGUUAUCCCCUGGAACUACCCCCUCAGCAUGGCCACCUGGAAACUCGGCCCAGCCCUCGCCUGCGGCAACACAGUCGUCCUCAAAGCCGCAGAGCAGACCCCGCUGAGCAUCCUCUACCUCGGCACCCUCAUCAAGGAAGCCGGCUUCCCCCCGGGCGUCGUCAACUUUGUAAACGGCCUCGGCCGCGUCGCCGGCGGCGCCCUCGUCAGCCACCCUCUCGUCGAUAAGGUCGCCUUCACAGGCAGCACGGCCACGGCUCGCGCCAUCAUGGGCGAGGCCGCCAAGACGCUCAAGAACAUCACCCUCGAGACCGGCGGCAAGUCCCCGCUCCUCGUCUUUGGCGACGCCGACCUCGAGCAGGCCGUCAAGUGGUCCCACAUGGGCAUCAUGUCCAACCAGGGCCAGAUCUGCACCGCCACCUCCCGCAUCCUCGUCCAGGAGGAUAUCUACGACGACUUCAUCCCAAAGUUCCUCGACACCCUCAAGGCGACCAGCAAAGUCGGCAGCCAGUGGGACAAGGACACCUACCAGGGACCCCAGGUCUCCAAGGUCCAGUUCGAGCGCGUGCUCGAGUAUAUCGACAUUGGCAAGAACGAGGGCGCCACCCUCGCCGCAGGCGGAGAACCCCUCAACAUUGGCGGCAAGGGCAAGGGCUUCUUCGUCGCGCCCACCGUCUUCACCAACGUCACGACGUCGAUGCGCGUAUGGGGCGAGGAGAUUUUCGGGCCCGUCGUGGUGAUUGCGCGCUUCAAGACCGAGGAGGAGGCGAUCGCGUUGGCGAAUAACAGCCAGUACGGGCUCGGCGCCGCGGUUUUCACGCAGAAUGUCGAGCGGGCGCACCGUGUUGCGUCGGAGAUUGAGGCGGGCAUGGUGUGGGUUAACAGCACCCAGGACAGCGACCCGCGCGUGCCGUUUGGAGGUGUCAAGCAGAGUGGUAUUGGAAGGGAGUUGGGCGAGGCUGGGUUGGAGGCGUAUAGUCAGAUCAAGGCUGUCCACGUCAACAUGGGCACGAGGCUGUGA